GUACAAAUAUAUGUUACAAAUUACAAUAAUUCGUCAAUAUCUAUAUAGAUACAGUGAAGGUGCCGCGGGUAUAUAAACUAUUCGCAAUGAGUUAUUCUAUACAAAUAAGCUUAUAUUUGGCACUUGCUUCGUGCGGUUAAUAAUGUUAAUAUAUCGCUUGAUAAGCACAAUGUCACGCAAAAUUUCAAAUUGACAUUUGGAAACAUCAAGUACAGAGCGGGGCGACGAAGCGCGACGCGUCGCUCCUAUUCACUGUCACGGCCUCAAAAAUCGAACACAUCCUAGUCCAGAUACUCCACAGUUUAGUUACUCCAGCUCUCCAGAUCCAGUCACUCGAGAUCCAGUACGAGCUGUGCGAAUGCUGGCGACUUAUAAUUAGUGAGCGCGAUCUGCACGGUUGACGUGACGUCUUUAACCUCCUCGAGUCGUGUUACGUCGGUGAUUAAUAGUGAUGGCGACGGCGAUGACGUUGAGCAACAUCGGGCAUUAACAACGGCUGACACCAAUGACAGCUAGGGGCGACGUUCGAUCGCGGUCUUUCUUGCAAUUGAAUUCACAACACGUUCGAUCGUCAGCGUCAACGUCGAUAUACCCAGAUAUACCCGCCGAUUCGACAAUCUCCCCUGGAUCCUCUUGGAACCUUCGACAUUCUCUACUGUGUGCUUUUGCAAAGCUACAUUCAUAGUCGUCCCAAAUGCAUAAUUAGGCGAGUUAGAAAGCGAGCAUGCCUCGUUGCAGUCGUUGCAGCGAAAAGUGCCUUCUGCACUUCGGAGCGCACACCAUGGAUGAUGUGGAUUGAGUAUCUGUUUCACUAUUGUGAUUAAGUGUUUGAUGAACAUCUAAAAUUGAUGAUAUCAAUGCAUCAAGGACUGGCAGCAAUAUGCGCAAGGAUCAUGAUAGCUGAAGACUCAACCUGAAAUACUAUACAUAUUUGAAAAAGGACCAAUAUAAAAGUGGCAAUAUGUUUGGUUGUCCUAGAGAGGCUGUACGUGUAAAAGUUAAGAAAUGCGAAACUAGACAUCAACCUGAAUAUCGCAAGUUCAGCGUGGAUCCUCAGAUAACAUCAAUAGAAGUGCUGCAAAGUAUUCUUAUAAAGGCUUUUGACAUAAAAGGGGAAUUCACCGUUUCGUAUCGAGCGAUUGAUGAUUAUGGAUCGGAGACGUAUCUCUUCCUACUCUCAGACUGGGACUUGGAUGCCGCGUUUAUCAGUGCGUCGGAGCCAUACCUAUAUCUGCAGGUGAACUUGAAACCGUUCGGUGAAACUGGAGACUGUGAGUGCUACUGGGAGCAAAAUGCGCAGGAAGUUUUGACACGUCAGCAGGAGACUGGGUUUCCUUACAGGACGCCCAAGUUGCCCGGGCUUAUAAUGAAUAAAUUAUCAGGUGUAUCCAAUUUCGCGUUUAAUAUUUCGUCACAGAUGGAAAGGACGCUGAAUAUGGUGCAACGUGCAUUGGGCAACUUGGGCGACGAAUCGUCUCAUCAGCAGAAUGUUCAGCCUCCAAGACCACCUCUGACGGACGCUGAGUUUCGUCGAUUUCUGGAUCCGAUCGGACAAGUGGUACAUUCCAAGGAAUUAAGGGCAGUCAUUUAUUUUGGCGGGAUCGAGCCUAGUUUGCGCAAGGUAGUUUGGAAACAUAUUUUAAAUGUGUAUCCAGAGGGGAUGUCGGGUCGCGAACGAAUGGAUUACAUGAAGAAAAAAGCGCAGGAAUAUCAGAAUCUGCGCGAACGGUGGCGAGUACUAGUGCAAAAGGGACAGAACGUCGGCGAUCUUGGCUACGUCACUGGUAUGGUGAGGAAGGACGUCCUCAGAACGGACAGGCAUCACAAGUUUUACGGUGGUUCGGACGACAAUCAAAACACAGCGAGUCUUUUCAACAUUUUGACGACGUAUGCCUUAAAUCAUCCGAGUGUAAGUUACUGCCAGGGUAUGAGCGACUUGGCUUCGCCCCUUCUCGUCACGAUGCGGGAUGAAGCGCAAGCCUACAUCUGCCUUUGCGCCCUCAUGAGAAGAUUGAAGGAUAAUUUCAUGCUCGAUGGCAUCGCCAUGACUACCAAAUUUGCUCAUCUCGCAGAAGGUCUUCAACAUUAUGAUCCCGAUUUUUAUGCGUAUUUGAAGUCGCAUCAAGCGGAUGAUCUACUCUUUUGCUAUCGUUGGCUGUUGCUAGAAAUGAAACGCGAGUUUGCGCUGGACGACGCGCUUAGGAUGCUCGAGGUUUUGUGGGCGGCUCUACCAGCGUCACCACCGAUCGGCGAACUGAGUCUUGCCGAGGUGCCUUUUCCGCCAGCGUCGCCGCCGCCGAGUCCGAACGUGAAGCAUAUCCGCGAGAACGCGUAUACCAAGGUUUGCGCUAUUAGACGACAAAGUUCUUCGGCCAGUAUCGCCGCUGUUAGACGAAAAGCCUUCAGCACCGAGGAAUCGACUCUGCAAUCAUCUACUGAGGUUAACGGAGAAACGAAAAGAUCCAAUUCACCGUAUGAAGCAUUCUCCGAUUCAGAGAAUGAUUUAACCAACACAAAAAACAGAAGAAAUAACGAGUCGACAGAAAAGUGCCUAAGUACGGAUUCUCUUCCUGUUAAAUCGAAACGCGCAAAUCUUCUAGAACUGAAAGAGAAACUGUCUGUCCCCAGUAAAGAGCAGACUAAAAAUAGCGAACAGAAUGACAGCUCUGGUGAAAAGAAAUGUGCGCGAGUGGUCAAGAAUUUGAAUGAGUUCUUGAACUUUACUAGUCUCAAUCGUAGUAAAGUCACGCCAAGCGACGCCGAACCUGAGCUCAGACGUGUCUCGAGCGAAAGCGGCGUCAUCAGAGUGUUGAGAGACGAACCGAGCUCGCCAGACGAUCCCACGGAUUUUUUCCCAAUGACCACCUCAAUGACUAGAGAAUUAAGAUUGGAAUUGGAAUCGUUGGAUCGACAAGUGUUUGGGCCUUCGCCACCUAGUGAGUUGCAAUGCGAUUGCGUGCUCUCAAAAAGAGAAAGUGAUUUACCGGAGAGCGAGACGGAGACGGAAUUGGCGAGAUGUAGUCCAGCGGCAGACGUGUUUGUAUGGGAAAAUCCUUUACACACGUUACAACAGAAGCAUCACCCCGCGACUCCGGACGAACAGGCGGAAUUGGAAUACGAUGGUGAAAUUUUGGAAGAUCAAAAUGGUGUGAAAUCCGUCACGCCGAUCAGGUUGCUCAAACGUACCACUAGAUCUGAGUCGGCGUCAGACAGCGAAGAAACCGAAAGUUGGCAUCAGAAUCCACCUGUACCAGAGAGUCCGACAAAGCAACAGCAGCAGCUGCAGCAGCAACAACAGCAACAACAACAACAACAACAACAACAACAACUGCAACAACAACAACAAGAGCAAUGCGAAGAAGUGACAGAGCUGACUAAUCUCAUACCCGCGGGAACGAGCGAAGACCAACUGGGCGAAAACUCGUUGCCGCCACCGCACGAAUUCGGCGGCGGUAAUCCCUUUCUAAUGUUCCUGUGCGUCACUCUUCUGUUGCAACAUCGGGAUUUUGUUAUGCGCAAUCAAAUGGAUUAUAACGAAAUGGCGAUGCAUUUCGACAAGAUGGUUCGCCGCCACAAUGUGAUCCGUGUACUUAAUCAGGCACGUCAACUAUUUGCCGGGUAUCUCAGAAGACAUUCCAUCGCUUCGUCCUCCUCCUCGACCGGUUCGACUUCCGCCAGCAAGCCAGAUUCAAGUGUAAACGUGUAAUUCUUUUCCAGUCAACUGUUUUAAAAAACGUCAAGUUAUAAUCUGAAUUAUUUCUGAAUUAUUUCUUUCGCAAUGAACAGAAUUCAAACGGCACAUAUCACGAAAAUUAUGUUGCCGACUUGUGAGAUUCGGAAGCUUAAGAGGACUCAAAGUAAUUUCACGGUGCUCUUCCACUCACAACAUCAUAUGUGGGACUUUUAUGACACGCUGUGGUAUCGUUUGCACUGUUCGCGUGAGGGGUGUGUUUCUGAUUAACCAUUUUUUCCUUUAUAUUCCCCUUUUCUUUUUCACAUAUACAGAUAAGACUUUAUUCUUAAAUAAUUGAAUAAGGAUCAUCCGUUGUAAAACAUUAAAAAUACCUAAAUUCGAACGUGACAACGAAUAAGCGACCGAUAACGCGAAAGCAAUACAAUGCAACGUACAAUUAUAAUAGAAAGUUCUUUUUUUUUUUGUAAGAACAAUCUUUAUAGUUAAGUCAAAUGAAGAAGGAAAGACGGUUGGUCAGAGACAGCACUAUUUAGGCCGUACUUAUUAGCAGUUAAGAUGAAUGGAUUUGAUUGGGAGAGUUCGGGAUACAACGAUCGGAAGCGCUUUAGUUAAUUCGCGAACGACAUGCAUAGCCACAUUCGCUCACGCACAUUAUCAUUCCACCGCGACAUAAUGCACCCUAUCAUCCGCACGCGUCGAUGAAUCCUCUUUCGCUGUACCUCGAGAUAGAAUUAAGUCCUUGACUUAACGCAUUCAGGCGACGACUGUGUCGUUUUCGAAUGUGUUAAAUUUGUAAAGUAAAACAUCUAUACUUAUCCUAACAGCUGAGUCUUACUUUGUUUUCAAACAGUAUGUUUGGGAAACGACAAUAAAGUGCAUUUAAUUUUAUCGCUGAUAA